AUGGGAACGUUCACGAGCUUCCGAAAAGCCUAUGGAGCGCUCAAAGAUUCCACCACCGUCGGUCUCGCUAAGGUCAAUAGCGAAUUCAAGGAUUUAGAUAUUGCGAUCGUCAAAGCAACGAAUCACGUUGAAUCUCCACCUAAAGAACGUCAUGUUCGUAAAAUAUUCUCGGCGACAUCUGUAGUACAACCACGAGCAGAUGUUGCUUAUUGCAUUCAUGCAUUAUCAAAGAGAUUAUCGAAAACUCGCAAUUGGGUUGUAGCAAUGAAGGUGUUAAUAGUAAUUCACAGAACAUUAAGAGAAGGUGAUCCUACAUUUAGAGAAGAGCUUCUAAAUUAUUCACAUAGAAGACAUAUACUCAGAAUUUCUAACUUCAAAGACGAUACAAGCCCUCUCGCCUGGGACUGUUCUGCUUGGGUUAGAACAUACGCGCUCUUUCUAGAAGAGCGGCUUGAAUGUUAUCGAGUAUUAAAGUAUGACAUCGAGGCAGAGCGUUUGCCAAAAGCCUCAGGUGCAGCUUCCAAGACGCAUAGAACAAGGAUGUUGUCUGGUGAAGAUCUGUUAGAACAGUUACCUGCAUUGCAACAACUUCUUUAUCGGCUUAUCGGAUGUCAACCUGAAGGAGCAGCCUAUAGCAACUAUCUGAUCCAAUACGCUCUUGCUUUGGUGCUUAAAGAAAGCUUCAAAAUCUAUUGUGCAAUCAAUGAUGGAAUCAUUGAUCUUGUAGACAUGUUCUUUGAGAUGACAAGACAUGAUGCAGUGAAAGCUCUAAACAUAUACAAACGUGCUGGUCAACAGGCUGAAAAUCUGGCUGAGUUUUAUGAUUACUGCAAAGGACUAGAGCUCGCGAGGAACUUUCAGUUCCCAACCUUAAGACAGCCUCCUCCAUCGUUUCUCGCGACAAUGGAAGAGUACAUUAAAGAAGCGCCUCAGAGUGGUUCUGUACAGAAAAAACUGGAGUACCAGGAAAAAGAAGAGGAAGAGGAAGAAAAAGAAGCAGAACAGCCUGAAGAACCUGCGGAAGCAGAAGAUCAAAACGAAAACAUGGAAAGCGAUCAGCCGCUUAUCGAAGAAGAAGAAGAAGAGCCUAAGGAGGAGAAAGAAGAGGAAGAAGUUAAACCUUCGCCAUUGAUAGACACCGAUGACUUACUGGGUCUGAAUGAAAUUAACCCGAAAGCCGCGGAGAUAGAGCAAAGUAACGCCUUCGCUCUCGCGAUAUAUCCACCAGGACAUGAAACUUCAGGCCCAUCUAAUAGUCUAAGCUUAAUAGAAGCUGGAGGAAGUGGUUGGGAACUUGCAUUAGUCACACCACAGAACAACAACAAUCCUCGUCCCGCGGUACAAACCAAACUCGGUGGAGGAUUUGACAAUCUUCUACUAGACAGUCUCUACGAAGACGAUACAGCGCGAAGACAGAUCCAAUUAACAAACGCUGGUUACGGAUUUGGAGCUACAGCUAACCCCGGAGAAUUAGCAUCAUCGAACCCGAACCCGUUCGGGAUGCAACAAGAUCCUUUCGCAAUGUCGAAUAACAUGGCUCCACCGACCAAUGUUCAAAUGGCAAUGCAACAACAACGAAUGAUGAUGAUGAAUAAUAAUAAUCAAAGUCCAUAUAAUAACAACUACUCACCAUAUCAACAACAACAUUAUUCACCAAAUCCUUUUGGUGAUGGUUUCCUUGCUCUACCAGCUCCACCUUCACCUGCUACUCAGCAGCAACACAAUCAUCUGCUCCUGUAG